GGAAGAGGGAGGGCUGGAGGCGUGUUGGGAGAAUGACACAUCUGGCUCUGGGGAACCAGCUCUUUGCCGUGAGCUGAGAGGUCCCGUCCCGCACAGCUCCUGGGGCCGGCACAGGGUGGGCUUCACGAGAGGUUCGCUCCAGGGCAGCCCAGUGCUCAGUGGCUCUGGGGUCAGCUGUUUGUCCCGGUGCCCCAGGCAGGGCGCGGAGCCGCCUGGAAACAUGAACUCACCUCUGCAGCCUGUUAUUACAUUUCCACCCCCCUCACCAGGGACGUUUCCCAACUCUCGCAGGGCCCUGCUGCUUCCCUGUUCCCUUUGGGAGGGGCAGACACCGGGGGCGGCUCGCUUGUGUAAUGGCCCCUCCCGGAACGGCAGUGCCGGGCUGGCAUGAUGCUAUAUAAGCCGGGGUAGCUCGGCGCUGGGCAACCUGGCCCCGCAGCACCAUGAAAUCAGGCCACCUCCUCCUGGGGCUCCUCGCCCUCUGGGCUGACCUGACACCUGCCUCUGGGCAGCUCCGUCAAGGUAACGCCAUCUGCAAUCUCCCUGCGGACCCCGGCCCAUGUUUUGCCUACAUGCCCAGAUACUUCUACAACUCGGCCACCAAGAGGUGCGAGGAGUUCAUUUACGGCGGCUGCCAGGGCAAUGCAAACAGGUUUCCCAGUAUGGACGAAUGUCUCAAAACCUGUGGAAGCUCAGGUGACAUUUGCCGACUCCCGCCUGAGAAGGGCCCUUGCAAGGGACAGAUCCCGCGCUUCUUCUACAACCCGGCCUCCAGGACGUGCGAAAGGUUCAUCUACGGCGGCUGCCGGGGCAAUGGGAACAACUUUAGAACUCUCCUGGAGUGCCAGCAGGCCUGCAGGAAACGCGGGCCGACCAGAGAGAGACCGGGAAGAGCCAGAGCGUGACAGCAGGGCCUGUGGGGGGAUGGGACAGGAUCCUCCAAUACGGUCCCCACCUGACACCCACCCCCAAUCGUCCGUGGGCCUGAUCUCGCCCAGCACGUGG